GCUCAAAGUUACAUUGAUACAUAUCAAUUGGAUAAAGGCAAGGUUUCUUAAGUUUUAUAUGUGUGUAAUUUGUAAAUCAUAACUUCCAAAUUUUUUAUAUCCCGUUUUGUAGCUUUUUUAUCUCUCCCAAAUCCUUCAUUUCCAUUUGAAAGACACCUUUGAACGCUUAGUAAAUUCCUGUACCAUUCAAUUUAACUUUUAUGGCGGAUGAAGAAUUUGUUGAUCAAAAGAAAUAUCUGGAGGACUUCUGCAAGCCUAAAUGUGUGAAGCCUUUAAUUGAAUAUGAGACAUGUAUAAAGAGAAUAGAAGGAGAAGAACUUGGGCUAAAGCACUGUACUGGGCAAUACUUUGAUUACUUGUAUUGUGUUGAUAGAUGUGUUGCACCAAAGCUAUUUUCAAAACUAAAGUAACUGAAAGGCCUCCUCAAAAACCACUUUCUUUAUAUUCAUAUAUUUUACAAGUGAGCUGACUGACAAUGAUUUUUCGCAAGUGUACGAAAUCGCAACAAGUAAUAAAGAAUGAGUAGAGUACCAUUCCCACGAGGAUUGUAUACCAAGUAAAAAAAUUAUGUCAACUUACUAUUAUUUAAACGGCA